AUGGCGGACAAGACACCGGAGCUCCUGGAUCUCACGAUCGACAACAUCACACCGAACACGAUCCGCAUCAACUCCCAGAGCAGCGAUGCGCGCCUCAAGUACCUCAUGGAGCGUCUGGUCACGCACCUGCACGACUUUGCGCGGGAGACGCGGCUGAGUACGGACGAGUGGAUGAAGGCGCUCAACUUCCUCGUGGGAUGCGGGCAGAUCAGCAGCGACGUCCGACAUGAAUUCAUCCUCCUCUCAGAUAUCCUCGGCCUCUCGUUGCUGGUCGACAGCAUCAACCACCCGAAACCGAGCGACUCGACCGAAGGCUCCGUGCUGGGCCCCUUCCACACCCACGAUGCCCCUACACUGGAGAACGGCGCCAACAUGUCGGGAGACCCCGAGGGCGAGCCGUUGUUGGUGGUCUGCACCGUCAAGGACCGCAAGGGGAACCCCGUGUCCGGCGUGCGGAUCGACAUCUGGGAGACGGACAGCAGCGGGCACUACGACGUGCAGCACGAGGGGCGGACGGAGGCGAGCGAGCGGUGCGUCAUGGUGUCGGACGACGAGGGGCGGUUCUGGUUCCAGGGCAUCAAGCCCGUCAGCUAUCCCAUCCCGCACGACGGGCCGGUGGGGAAGCUGCUGGAUCUGCUGGGACGGCACUGCUGGCGGCCGGCGCAUGUGCAUUUCAUGUUCCAGAAGGAGGGCUGGGAUAACUUGAUCACUGCUCUCUACCUUCGAGGAGAUCCGUACGAGAAGUCGGACGCCGUGUUUGGCGUCAAGAAGAGCCUCGUGGUGGACCUCGACAAGGUAGACAAGGCGACGGCGGAGGAGUACAAGGUCAAGGAGGGGAGCUGGCUGUUGAAGCAGGACUUUGUGCUGGUGACGGAGAAGGAGACGGAGGAGCUGCGGGAUCGGAACGCGGUCGAGGCGUUGAAGAAGCUGGGGCUGACGCAUCUGAAGCUCGUGGAUCACCUUCCCGUGCCGGAGCUGGACUGA